UUCGCCUCUUGGCCCCGCCCCUUCCCUGGCGCCGCCAUCUUGGAUGGCGCCUGUGGGCGUCGGGUGUCAAACCCGGUUCUGGCGUCGCCGCGGACGGCAAUCCGGAUCCGCUCCGGAGCAUCAGGCCAGCUUUCCAGUUCCUUUGGCCCUUUUCGGAAGGUGAUGAAAUGACUUUACCAGAACUUGGUCCAAGUUGGAUAUACAUACGGCUUUUUCUGAGCACAGGAACUCACAAAAUAGGAAAAAUGAAGGCCAGUUUCUGAGGAAAUUUAUUUGGGGAGAGAACUGCUUUGGUUUUUGGAGACAAUAAAAAUGACCACUUCGUCGAUCCGGCGACAGAUGAAAAACAUUGUGAACAAUUAUUCGGAGGCUGAAAUAAAGGUCCGGGAAGCUACAUCCAAUGACCCAUGGGGCCCGUCCAGUUCUUUGAUGACUGAAAUUGCUGACCUGACCUACAAUGUGGUGGCCUUUUCCGAAAUAAUGAGCAUGAUCUGGAAGCGGUUAAACGACCAUGGCAAGAACUGGCGGCACGUCUACAAGGCCUUGACGCUGCUGGAUUACCUGAUCAAAACAGGGUCGGAGAGGGUGGCCCAGCAGUGCAAAGAGAACAUCUUUGCCAUCCAGACUCUGAAAGAUUUCCAGUACAUUGACCGGGAUGGGAAAGACCAGGGUAUCAACGUGCGGGAGAAGUCCAAGCAGUUGGUCUCCCUCCUCAAGGACGACGAGCGGCUCAAGGCAGAGCGAGCCCAGGCCCUGAAGACCAAAGAGCGCAUGGCGCAGGUGGCCACGGGGGUCGGGAACAACCAGAUCACCUUCGGCCGGGGAUCCAGCCAGCCCAACCUCUCCACCAGCUACUCGGAGCAGGAGUACGGCAAAUCGGGAGGGUCUCCGGCCUCCUACCACGGGUCUACAUCACCGCGAGUGUCUUCAGAGUUGGAACAAGCACGGCCUCAGACGAGUGGAGAGGAAGAGCUCCAGCUACAGCUGGCUUUGGCCAUGAGCCGGGAAGUGGCCGAACAGGAGGAACGCCUUCGUCGUGGCGACGAUUUGCGGUUGCAGAUGGCUUUGGAGGAGAGCCGCAGAGAUACGGUGAAAAUUCCCAAAAGGAAAGAAUGCACCACUCUGUUGGAUCUCAUGGACACCUUGCCCUCUUCGGCGCCAACCCCCCAGAAAACAGAGCCGUGGGGGCCCCACCCGCCUGCAGCAAACUCAACGGACCCUUGGGGGGGCCCUGCGGCCGCCAGCGCUGUCUCAGACCCCUGGCAGUCGUUCGGUGCCAAACCGGCAGCCUCUGUUGAUCCGUGGGGAGCUCCCUCUGCGUCCACCUCCUCCUCUUCCUCCUCUGCACAGCCUCCCCCAAAGAAUACAGACCCCUGGGCUCCCUCCCAGCCAUCCUCUGCAUCCUCGAAAGCAGACCCUUGGGGGCCUCCAAAUAAGUCCAUUUCUGCUUCUGGUAGUCAGUCCUUUGACCUCUUCAGCAACUUGAACGGGACGAUUAAAGACGACUUUUCUGAAUUUGACAGCCUUCGGACUGCAAAAAAGCAAGAUUCCAGCUCCACGCUCUCGGCUCAGAACAGUGGUACAACUAGCCCAGACCUCUUUGAAUCCCAGCCAUCCAGCUCAGCUUCCAGCAAACAGAAUGCGGCUCGGAAGACGCCGGAAUCCUUCCUGGGGCCCAAUGCCGCGCUAGUGAACUUGGAUUCUCUGGUGUCGAAACCCCCGCAAGCUGCGCCUUCGCUGAACCCUUUCUUGGCUCCAGGGACAGCGGCUUCGGCAGCACCUCCUCCCUCCUCAUCCUCUGCGCCGGCUCUUGUCAACCCCUUCCAAGUGAACCAGCCUCAGCCCCUGACCCUCAACCAGAUGCGCUCCAGCCCUGUCAUGGGCAGCAGCAGCCCGUCUUUCACUGCCAUCCCAGCUACAGAGCCGGUGGCACCGAUGGCCGCCUCCCUGACCCGGAUGGCCGCGCCGGGGAUGGUGGUGGGCUUCGUGGGGCCAAUGGUGCCCCCUUUACACAGUACUGGCCUUGUCCCUUCCAUCUCGCAGCCUGAAAACACGACUAAUCCUUUCCUCCUAUAAGGCUCCCUUUAUGGCGGAGCAGAGCUCGGUUUGUGGGACUUUAUCUGCUGCCGGCUUGAGCCAAACUGUGUGCAGAAAGACCCUCGGAGGCGUGUGUGUUUGCCGUUUACAGAAGAGAUUUCUCACUCCUCACCUAGCAUUUGCUGCAGAACAUACUUUUAUUAUUUUUCUUCACCAAGGGCUUGUGGGAGCAUUGCAUUAUUUUCUUUUAGAUUUUUCAAUGCCAAAAUUAGUACCCUUUAAUUUUCUCCUACAUUUUUAGAAUUUGUUUUGUCACCAAAGUUAGUUUUUUCCUUCCCAUAUCCUUCCUCUUUAUUUGUUCCUCGCUUCAAUAUUAUCGAAAGAACCGCCCCUUUUAAGUACAGUCCUCUUUGCAAUGUUUUAUAUCCUUGAAGCUUGGACGUUAAAACCCUUCGCUCUUAAAUUAUAGAUCUGAGAUUCUCAAGUGCUAGUGAAUGCAAACAACCAUGUAUUCUUCUAGAGACUGUUGGCUCACCCAUAGUCCUUAUUGAUCUUAUAGAAAGAACAGAAGAGGAAAAGGAGGAGAAGCUUGGUGUGCAUAGGAGUGAAAUACCAGAAACUGAAACUGCCCAGUUGUUUUAGUUUGUUUUUGAUGCAAAAGUUGAUGCAGGUCAGAAAGGGAACAGAACAAAAAGAUCCUAAAACAGUAUUGGAAUUUUGGAAAAGGACGGCCUUAUUGUCCUGUUGAUCCGUUAGUGGUGGAGUCAAGAAGCUCCAUGAGAUUGGCGGCCAUAUUGUCCAUUAGUGACUUUGUGUGGGAAAUUAUUGUGUGUGUUUUUAUUUUAAUUUUUAUUUCUUCUUUUGACUUGGGAUGCAGGCUUAAAAAGAAAAAAAAACAGGAAGGGGAAAAGAGAGCAAACAGAGUGAUAACGGGAAUCCUCACCCUCGUGGGAGGAACACAUUUGCCGUGAUUUCCUCAUUUAUUAUGCAGUUAUCCUUGUCUACUUUUUUGCACUUUUAAAACAGAGUACCAUUUUGGGAUUUGAGCUUGCAAGGCUCAGUUUCAUUUCUUGCAUCUUGUUUUAUAACGCCCUUCUUAUUUAACAGUUUGUAGCGUAGGCCGAAAAAGUAAGAUAUCGUCUCUUUUUUUUAAUGAUUUAGUGCCCUCUUAUUUAUAUCUAUAUCUAUAUAUACAUGAAUAUUUUAGCUCUUGGGUUCCGCAAAGAGAGUUUUAAAAGGGAAUAUUGAGACACACCGCUUGCUUUGGAAACGGAAGAGUUUUUGAUGCAAAAUAGAGACGGUGGAAUGUGAUGCUUAAGAGGACAUUUCAAAGGAAAAAUAACACUACAGUUGCCUUUCCUCCUUCCCUGUUUUAUGAGUACAUGCCCGGAAAAACAAAACAAAACCUUUUAUAAGACAGAAGAUCAUGGAAGAAGAGACUCAACUUCUCUCUCUUGUAAUACUUUUGAGAAACUUUUAAAAGGAAAACAAAAACAAAACAAAAACCAACCACGGUUGUAUGAAUGUUUAAUUUUAAUCAACUAAACUCCUCUAACUAAAGAUGGCUCUGUUUACAGUCUUCAUUGCGAAACGUGAACGUUGUUGGUUCGUCAGCCUUGUUGUUCUCAUUUAAGCCAUAUACUCAGGUGUCAGUCUUGGAAAUCUUGCUUUCGGGGGUGGGGGUGGGGUGGCAAUUAUACAAUGAACUGGGAUUCCAAAAUGUGCAAAACAUCUGAGUCGGAUAACCCACUAUUUUUGUGUUGUUGCCGGCAGUCUCUUAUUUAACAUCAAUUUGGGACUUGUGUUGGGUGGAGUUUUGGAUGUCAGAGCAUUGUGUUGAGCUACUCGAAUCAUUGUGUUUUCAUCAAAGAUAUGCUAAUGUGAUGGUUCAAUUGUUGUUUCCAUCAUAUCAAAAGAGUCUAAUAAUAGUCGAGUGGCACAUUGUUUCCGUUGCUAUUUUUCAUAUUUUUAUCUCUCAUGUUUAGAAAUGUCCAGCUGUUUUGUCUCCUUUUAUCAUUCAGGCGAAAAAUGUGGAUCGGACAUGGAUGCCAGGCAACUGGCAUCUCAUUGCGCUACCUAUGUAAGUAUAUGAGUCCAGGAUACAUCUGCAUAUGCGUUUAUAUGUUUAUUGCGUUGGUGAAGCAACCAUAGCUUCCAAACAUCAUAAUUUUACUGAAAUAGCCUGGACCGCUGGUCAUUUAGACCCCAUAUCCGGGCACAAAAUAAAUACAAUUUUUAUCAAUUCUAAGGCUCACAAUUCCCCCGUUUUAGGGGCUCCAAACAUGAGGUGCGCCUUAAAUUGAUGGUGAUUUAGAUUUGGUGAAAUAUGUAUCAGCUCUGGAAGAUACUGGUGGGUGAUGUUUCAGGUUUGCAUCUAGUUAUGCGGGCCCUAUCCAAAUGUUUCUCCAAUUCUCUGCCAUUGAAUAGCCUUUAGAAGAAGCUGCCAUGAGUAUGGUGAUGGUGAAGAGAAGAGGGCUGGAGAGGGGUUAAGAAGAGAGACAGCAUUGUUCUGCCUGUGCCACUUUGGUGCUUUGCAAUACAAGCUCGCAUGAAAUGCAAUGUGUCGGGCACAGCAAUUGCUUUAUUUGGGUGCAUCUGUACUAUAGAGUUGAUGCAGUUUGUCACACCUUGAACUGCCAUGGCUCAAUGCUAUGGAAUCCUGGGAGCUGUGAUUUGGUGGGGCAUCAAUAGGGCAGGCCUAAGACCUUGCACAGUUAAGACGUUCUUCCUAAGGUUUAGUGUCAUCCGAUCUGCAGAGGCGAACGAUUGGGGCAAACAAUAUAUUAUUAUUAUUAAGCUGAAUAAUAAUAAACUCGGUCUUGUCUUGAGAGUAACUGUUUGAAAGCCAAUCGUUUCCCCUCUGAUGGAGAAAUGUUUUUAUAACAACAUAUACUUUGUACUGCCAUUUAAUUAAAAGCAGAGGGAUAUAUUUUCCACUUUUUCAUGGCAAACAAAUAAGGCAGAUGUGUCACUCUAGUACCCUGUUUUCCAAACUUAUGUCUGUGAAAGAUUGGGAGAGAGCUGGCUCCUUUGGGCUGAAUCCAUGCUCUUGAAGUCUUCAUUACUGUACGGCUCUAAUUUAUCAUUUGUACUGUUGUGUCAUUAAAAGGUUCUUGUACCUGUGCCCUUUUCUUCCCUCGUUGCGGCGGUCCACAAAAGCCAUAGAAAAGGUGGAAUGGAGUGUCUUGUCAGAAUUAAAACUUGUGUUUCUUGUGAUA